AUGUCAAACCCUCUGGAUACAGAUGCGGGUUCCGAGAUGUUCGCCAGCUAUGAGAAUGAGCUGAAGCUGGUGCAAGCGGAUCUGAACCAAAAACUGGACCAGAUCUCCGAAGCCAGCGGCGAGCAGCGCAAAGCCGCCAUCCGGCAAGCAGAGCAAGUUCUUGACGAGGCCACUGAAUUACUGGACCAGAUGCGCAUGGAGAAGCAGAACAUCCCAUCUGCCGCCCGUUCCAGAGUCAAUAUGCGUUUUCGUAACUAUUCCACCGACAUCGACGAGAUCAAGCGCAAGCUGAAGUCUCUCUCGGACGACCGGAAGGCGCUCUUCGGAGACCGGUACACAGACGAGCCGCAAGACGAGCACCUAGAACAGCGGCAGCAGCUGUUGUCCGGCACUGAACGGCUCGAGCGCAGCUCAGCACGCUUGCAGGAGAGUCAGCGGGUCGCGCUGGAGACCGAGGAUGUAGGACGGAAUGUGUUGGCGGACUUGUACGGGCAGCGGCAGACGAUUCAACACACUCGGGAUAACUUGCAGCAGAGCGAGGGUUACGUUGACACUAGUAUUAAGACAUUGAGGGGCAUGGCCCGUAGGUACUGCGACCCUUUCCACCCUUCCUUCUUCUUUAAUUUGCACUUGGCACAACUCUCUGACCCGUUUCACUCGGCAGGAUGGCUACGAAUCGGAUAA